UGUAGACUCGCCCCCCCCCCCUUCCUCUUCCUGAAUUCCUUUUCCUGUAGCUCCUUUGGAUAAAACUUUUCGUUUGGUGUUGUCGUUGUUUAAUUUUGCUGGGCGAAUCUCAACAGUUCGGAAAGGACAAAGAUGAUGCCGAUAUAAGCACACUGGACAACUGAGAAUAACAAUCAAACCUGAAAAGUGAAGCAAAUUGAACAGAAUUAAAAAUAGUUUCCAUUUCCUUCUGAAAGCCACACAAUUCGUAGCUAUUUUGGGAAAACACAGAGUUCAAACCACAAGAGGAUCCACACUGGCGAAAAGCCAUAUAAAUACUCUGAAUGUGGCAAAAGUUUUGGUCAGAAUAGCUCCCUUGUGAUUCAUAGAAGGAGCCACAUAGAACAGAUGCCCUACAACUGCCCCCAAUGUGGUAAAUCCUUUCGCAAGAAUUGCAAAUUUGUGAUACAUCAGCAGACUCACACCAGGAAGAAACCAUACAAGUGUCCAGAUUGUGGGAGACAUUUCACUUGCCAUUCUAACCUGGUGACACACCAGAGGAUUCACACAGGAGAGAAACCCUUUGAAUGUCCUGAUUGUGGGAAAAGUUUCCGUAGCAAUUCCAACCUGGUGACACACCAGAGGACUCACACAGGAGAUAAACCCUUUGAAUGUCCUGAUUGUGGGAAAAGUUUCCGUAGCAAUUCCAACCUGGUGACACACCAGAGGACUCACACAGGAGAGAAACCCUUUGAAUGUCCUGAUUGUGGGAAAAGUUUCAGUCAGAAUUCCAGCUUGGUCAACCACCAGAGGAUUCACACAGGAGAGAAACCCUUUGAAUGUUCUGAUUGUGGGAAAAGUUUUAGUCGCAAUUCCUACCUGGUGAUACACCAGAGGAUUCACACAGGAGAAAAACCUUUUCAGUGUCCAGAUUGUGGGAAACCUUUUAGUGAAAAUUCCACCCUGGUGAGACACCAGAGGAUUCACACAGGAGAGAAACCCUUUAAAUGUCCUGAGUGUGGGGAAAGUUUCAAUCGAAAUUCCAACCUGGUGACACACCAGAGGACUCACACAGGAGAGAAACCUUUUCAGUAUCCAGAUUGUGGGAAACUUUUUAGUGAAAAUUCCACCCUGGUGCGACACCAGGGGACUCACAUAGGAGAGAAACCCUUUGAAUGUCCUGAUUGUGGGAAAAGUUUCAGUCGCAGUUCCAGGCUGGUGAUACACCAGAGGAUUCACACAGGAGAAAAACCUUUUCAGUGUCCAGAUUGUGGGAAACCUUUUAGUGAAAAUUCCACCCUGGUGCGACACCAGAGGACUCACACAGGAGAGAAACCCUUUGAAUGUCCUGAGUGUGGGAAAAGUUUUAGUGUGAGUUCCCACCUGGUGAGUCACCAGACGAUUCACACAGGAGAGAAACCCUUUAAAUGUCCUGAUUGUGGGAAAAGUUUCAAUCUCAAUUCCAACCUGGUGAGACACCAGAGGACUCACACAGGAGAGAAACCCUUUGAAUGUCCUGAGUGUGGGAAAAGUUUCAGUCUCAAUUCCAGCCUGGUGAGACACCAGACGAUUCACACAGGAGAGAAACCCUUUAAAUGUCCUGAUUGUGGGAAAAGUUUCAGUCGGAAUUCCCACUUGGUGACCCACCAAAGGACACACACAAGAGGGAAACCACAUGAGUGUCCAGACCUGCGGGCCCAGCCCCACUUCCUGAGGGGCUGCUCGGCUGUGCUUACCUCCUUAAGGCUGCUGCUGUGCUCGCUCUCCUUGGGCACGUUGCUCAUGGUGUAUGCAGGAGAGCAAAGUGUGUGUCAGAGGGUGGCCCAUUCCAUGGGGCUGGGCCGAGGUGGCGCCCCAGAUCUAAGGCUGGGCGAGGUUCGGCCCGAAGGCAAAUCGCACCUGGUCAACCUGGGCCAAGCCAAGGCAUCACAGGCCGGUCCUUUAAUGUUUCCAGGGCAGACCCAAGGGCCAGAUGAAACCAUCUUGCAGGCCGGAUUCAACCUGCGGGCCUUGACUUUGACACCCCUGAACAGAUGUGGUAAAUGUUGUAAAUGCUUUGGCAAGAAUUGCAAAUUUGUGAUACAUCAGCAGACUCACACCAUGAAGAAACCAUACAAGUGUCCAGAUUGUGAGAAACAUUUCAGUUGCCAUUCUAACCUGGUGCUACACCAGAGGACUCACACAGGAGAGAAACCCUUUGAAUGUUUUGAUUGUGGGAAACAUUUCAGUUACCAUUAUAACCUGCUGAUACACCAGAGGAUUCACACAGGAGAGAAACCUUUUGAAUGUCCAUAUUGUGGGAAAAGUUUCAGUCACAAUUCCAGCCUGGUGACACACCAGAGGACUCACACAGGAGAAAAACCUUUUCAGUGUCAAGAUUGUGGGAAAAGUUUCAGUCACCAUUCCCACCUGGUGACACACCAGAGGAUUCACACAGGAGAGAAACCCUUUGAAUGUCCUGAUUGUGGGAAAAGUUUUAGUCUGAGUUCCAAUCUGGUGAGACACCAGAGAAUUCACACAGGAGACAAACCAUUUGAAUGUCCUGAGUGUGGGAAAAGUUUCAGUCACAAUUCCAGCCUGGUCAACCACCAGAGGAUUCACACAGGAGAGAAACCCUUUGAAUGUUCUGAUUGUGGAAAACAUUUCAGUCACAAUUCCUGCCUGGUAAUACACCAGAGGAUUCACACAGGAGAAAAACCUUUUCAGUGUCCAGAUUGUGGGAAACGUUUUAGUCAAAAUUCCUAUCUGGUGCGACACCAGAGGACUCACACAGGAGAGAAACCCUUUGAAUGUCUUGAGUGUGGGAAAAGUUUCAGUCUCAAUUCCAGCCUGGUGAUACACCAGAGGAUUCACACAGGAGAGAAACCCUUUGAAUGUCCUGAGUGUGGGAAAAGUUUUAGUGUCAGUUCCCACCUGGUGCGACACCAGACGAUUCACACAGGAGAGAAACCCUUUGAAUGUCCUGAUUGUGGCAAAAGUUUCAGUCGGAAUUCCAACCUGGUGACCCACCAGAGGAUUCACAGAGGAGAGAAACCUUUUAAAUGUCCUGAGUGUGGGAAAUGUUUCAGUCACAAUUCCUUCCUGUUGAUACACCAGAGGACUCACACAGGAGAGAAACCCUUUGAAUGUCCUGAUUGUGGGAAAAGUUUCAGUCAGAAUUCCAGCCUGGUGACCCACCAGAGGACACACACAAGAGGGAAACCAUACAAGUGUCCAGAUUGUGGGAAAUGUUUUGGUUACCGUUCUAGCCUGGUGAACCAUCAGAAGACUCACACAGGAGAGAAACCACAUGAGUGUCCAGACUUGCGGGGUCAAGAAUUGCAAAUUUGUGAUACAUCAGCAGACUCACACCAGGAAGAAACCAUACAAAUGUCCAGAUUGUGGGAGACAAACAGAGGAGACAAACCCUUUGAAUGUCCUGAGUGUGGGAAAAGUUUCAGUCGCUAUUCCAGCCUGGUGACACACCAGAGGAUUCACACAGGAGAGAAACCCUUUGAAUGUCCUGAGUGUGGGAAAAGUUUCAGUCGCAAUUCCAGCCUGGUGACACACCAGAGGAUUCACACAGGAGAUAAACCCUUUGAAUGCCCAGAUUGUGGGAAAAGUUUUAGUCUGAGUUCCAACCUGGUGAGACACCAGAGGAUUCACACAGGAGACAAACCCUUUGAAUGUCCUGAGUGUGGGAAAAGUUUCAGUUACAAUUCAAGCCUGGUGAUACACCAGAGGAUUCACACAGGAGAGAAACCAUAUGAAUGUCCAGAUUGUGGGAAAUGUUUCAUUGCAAAUUCAGACCUGGUGGUACACCAGAGGACUCACACAGGAGAGAAACCUUUUGAAUGUCUAUAUUGUGGGAAAAGUUUCAGUCACAGUUCCAGCCUGGUGACACACCAGAGGACUCACACAGGAGAAAAACCUUUUCAGUAUCCAGAUUGUGGGAAACUUUUUAGUGAAAAUUCCACCUUGGUGCGACACCAGAGGACUCACACAGGAGAGAAACCCUUUGAAUGUCCUGAUUGUGGGAAAAGGUUUAGUGUGAGUUCCAACCUGGUGACACACCAGAGGAUUCACACAGGAGACAAACCCUUUGAAUGUCCUGAGUGUGGGAAACAUUUCAGUCGUAAUUCCUGCCUGGUGAUACACCAGAGGAUUCACACAGGAGAAAAACCCUUUGAAUGUUCUGAUUGUGGGAAACAUUUCAGUCACAAUUCCUGCCUGGUGAUACACCAGAGGAUUCACACAGGAGAAAAACCUUUUCAGUGUCCAGAUUGUGGGAAACUUUUUAGUGAAAAUUCCACCCUGGUGCGACACAAGAGGACUCACACAGGAGAGAAACCCUUUGAAUGUCCUGAUUGUGGGAAAAGUUUCAGUCUCAAUUCCAGCCUGGUGACCCACCAGAGGAUUCACACAGGAGAGAAACCCUUUAAAUGUCCUGAGUGUGGGAAAAGUUUUAGUGUGAGUUCCCACCUGGUGAGACACCAGACGAUUCACACAGGACAGAAACCCUUUGAAUGUCCUGAUUGUGGGAAAAGUUUCAGUCGGAAUUCCAACCUGGUGAGACACCAGAGGAUUCACACAGGAGAGAAACCUUUUAAAUGUCCUGAGUGUGGGAAAUGUUUCAGUCACAAUUCCUUCCUGUUGAUACACCAGAGGAUUCACACAGGAGAGAAACCCUUUGGAUGUCUUGAGUGUGGGAAAAGUUUCAGUCAGAAUUCCAGCCUGGUGACCCACCAGAGGACACACACAAGAGGGAAACCCUACAAGUGUCCAGAUUGUGGGAAAUGUUUUGGUUACCAUUCUAGCCUGGUGAACCACCAGAAGACUCACACAGGAGAGAAACCACAUGAGUGUCCAGACCUGCAGGGUCAAACUAUUUGAUUGAGGGCCACAUCAGGAUUGUGGUUGACCUUGUGGGUGGGCAUGGUGGGGGGACGUCACAUGGCCAGCUCGACAUCUCUUGUGUCGUGGUGGCCCAGGCAGGUCUGGGGGGUUCCAUUGUCUCCAGCAGAGAAAGGCAAGACCAUGGUAAGCACCAAAAACCUUGUUCUCACCAUCCCUCUCCGGACAUGCAAAGGACCCCCGGACAGCAGCACAGGCUGCCCAGACCCCUGGGACCAUAUGCACUGAGCCUGGCCCUCACGCUCCCAUUGCAUUGGGACCCCACAGCCCAGGCCCGCUUCCCGAGGGGCUGCUCGGCUGUGCUUACCUCCUUAAGGCUGCUGCUGUGCUCGCUCUCCUUGGGCACGUUGCUCAUGGUGUAUGCAGGAGAGCAAAGUGUGUGUCAGAAGGUGGCCCAUUCCAUGUGAGGAGCCCCAGCUUUGUAACUAAAGCAUCCUCAGCAAUCGGAUGGGAGACCAUCAGGAGAGGUCAGGAGGAGGGGACAAGGGGAUAGUGAAAGGGCAGAAGGGCAGCUGUUGGCCAAGUGCAAAGGUAGGACUUCCCUCAGAAUCUGACUCCCUCAUUAUAAACCUUCCUUUCCUUUCCUUUCCUUUCCUUUCCUUUCCUUUCCUUUCCUUUCCUUUCCUUUCCUUUCCUUUCUUUUCUUUUCUUUUCUUUCUUUCCUUUCCUUUCCUUUUUUUAAGCUGCCAGAGGCUCCCAACAAAGGCUUCCCAUUUUGACCCCUCCGCCAUCGCUUCAGCAUGGUUUUUAGCUCACAUCUCCCAGACUGGUGCAUGUGUAUGGUUUUGUGUGUGUGUUCCCCUUGCAGCCCAGCCAGCGCUGUGAUAUUGGAGAGAAAAAGAAGAUCGGGAGAGGCUGGGGGUUGAGAAAAUGAAACAAGCAUUGCAAAAAAACAGCUUUUGUUAUCUUUCAGCCUACAAUCAGCUUGCAGGCUGUAAGUGAGUGAGUAUAAAUGAGUGAGACACCUCCCCCUGCCCCCCCUUCCACACACACACACACACACACACACACACUCUCUCUCUCUCACUCAAACAAACUUCUGUGAUGGCAGGCUGCAAAGUGCAAACUAACGAAAGGUGGUUUUUUGUAAUGUUUGUUUCUUUUUUUCAGCCCCCAGUCUCUCCUGAUCUUUCCCUCUCCAGUGUCACAGCACUGGGCUCCAAGGGGGGAGACCUUAUGUGCUCAUACUUGUGUGCGCACACACACACACACACACACACACACACACACCUGUGUACAGGUAGGAGAGGUGAGCUGAGAGUCAUGCAGAGAUCCGUCAGGCACAGAGGCAACAACAGGGGAAGGGGAUCCAAAUGGGAAGCCUCUGCCCAUUUAAAAAAAGAAAACCCUGGGGAGCUUCCCUUUUUGUCCACCCUCCCCUCCGUUGCCUCCAUGCCUGAUGCCAAAGGGGAAAUUCUGCUUCCUCCCCCACCCUGCAAUGCCAGAAGCCUCAGGACAAUAUCCUUUGCCUUCCACGUCCCCCACUGACCCUGUGCAAUCUCCUACCGCCUAUGCAUGACAUGCUGACCAUAGCGUGACAAGCCUUAGAUCUGUGUCGGCGCCUUGGUCCAGCCCCCUGGCUCGGAGCGUGAGAAGGCUGGUGUCCUAGGUGAAGGGCAGUGCUCAGUCCCUAGGAACGCCAGGCCCUGCGCACUCGAUGCCUGCUGUGCUGACACCCAGGGGGCUGGGCCGAGGUGGCGCCACAGAUCUAAGGCUGGGUGAGGUUCGUCCCGAAGGCAAAUCAGCACCUGGUCAACCUGGGCCAAGCCAAGGCAUCACAGGCCGGUCCUUUAAUGUUUCCAGGGCAGACCCAAGGGCCAGAUCAAACUAAGGUGGCCUGCAAAACCAGCUUGAGAAUACAGGCCCCAAGCCUCUAGAACUUUGGUCAAGCAUAACUUCCCUGCCUAAGGAAAUGCCUUGUCAGCUAUAUUAAGGAAACUGCUUUCUCAGCUUGAUGAAUGGCCAUAUUGAGGCCAAGAUACACCCCUAAAUGUGCUGUGCUCAGAUAGCCAUAUCCUGCUGUCUUGCAACAACUGCAUUCUGUUAUCGCUAUAAACAUUUGUGUUGCCUCCCCCAUGUCUGGUAUUGGUUCCCCAAUAUUCAUUUCUUGGAAAUAUAGCCAUAUAUGGAAUGUAACAUGCUAAGACAAUGUAUACGCAGCCUAUACGGUAUAUAAAGCCCUGUUGGAAAACCCCUAACUUUGUUCAGACCCUCAGCUUUGUUCUGUAUCCUGAACCUGCGCAAUAAAGUACCUUUCCUUCCCAGAA